AUGGCAGUGGUGGUUGAGGGAGAGGAGCUUGGUGAAGGAAUAUGUGCAAUGGUGUGUAGCAUCCGCCACCAACAACUCCGGCCACCCUUCCCCGCCGGAUCCCUAUUGCCGACACAUCAAACGGUGACUCAGCCGCAUAUCAGAAAAUAUGGAGAAAUCUUGCUCUCUACUUAUUCAUUUCGACAAAGGAACACCAACACUAGCCAACGAGAUAAAGAAGCUCUCGAAGGAAACGAUGAUGCUUCAAAUGAUGAUGCUCCAUACGUAAGGCGAAACGCCAUACUUGCUGUUAAUGCGAUUUACAAGCUUCCGCAAGGGGAUAACCUUUUGGUUGAUGCACCCGAAAUGAUCGAGAAAAUGUUAACAACCGAAGCUGAUCAAUAGGCUAAACGAAAUGUGUUUCUUAUGCUGUAUACAUGCGCACAAGACCGAAACGCCAUACUUGUUGUUAAUGCGUUUCUUG